CUUUAUUACCUGUGUGUAUGAUUCGCUGUACGCUCACCUUUCAGGGGAUACUGUGGCACAGUUAUUGGGGCAAGUUUUUAAUCACCUGUUCACAGCAGGCAUCCAUCAUUUGGCACUUUUCGAGGAGAUUGAGGUGAGACUUCCUUCAGUUCCUUCAUGGCAAGAAGACUCAGUGAUGUGCGCCUAGCAUGGCUGUGGCUCCUGCACCGACCACCAAGGGACCGGUAUGGCUUUUAGCCGCAUCACUAAACUGGACCCCCCGUCCCGAGGCAUCUUCAGGAAAGCGGUGGUCAUGCUGUGCUCCCUCCUCGCCUCUUUUUUCCUCCUGCACCUCCUCACCGAAAGCUGCACCACCACCUCCGGCAACUCACCGCCCAGAGGCUCCUCUAGUCGGACUGCUGGUCUUUUCGAGGACCUGAGUUCGCUGAGGACCAAGAGACUGGUAUAUGAAUGGACUGGCGGAUCGGAGUUGAACCGCUACGGGACCGCCGCGCGCACCUCACAGGUCCUCGCGGAUGAGCGCGCGACGCAGGAUUCGGAGCUGCCCGAAGAGGCUCUCGUGCUGCCACCUCCGGAUUUAGUCGUUUCCAGGAGAGUGUCGCCCAGGUUCGCAGGUAAAGUCAGUCCGCUCGGGGAGGGGAGCAAGAAGCUACCUCAGGCUCUCAUCAUCGGGGUAAAGAAAGGAGGGACCCGGGCUCUGCUUGAGUUUCUUCGGGUUCAUCCUGACAUCAGAGCCGUGGGAGCCGAGCCGCACUUCUUCGACCGAAACUACCACAACGGGCUGGAGUGGUACAGAGAGCUGAUGCCCAAGACCCUGGAGGGCCAAAUCACAAUGGAGAAAACCCCCAGCUACUUUGUGACCAGGGAGGCUCCUGCUCGAAUCUCCGCCAUGUCCCGGAACACCAAGCUGAUCGUCGUAGUGAGGGAUCCUGUUACUAGAGCUAUCUCCGACUACACACAGACACUGUCUAAGAAGCCUGACAUUCCCUCGUUUGAGAGCCUCACCUUUAAAAACAGGACUACAGGGCUCAUUGACACGUCAUGGAGCGCCAUCCAGAUUGGCAUCUACGCCAAGCACCUGGACAACUGGCUGCAGUACUUCCCCAUGGAGCAGAUCCUGUUUGUGAGCGGCGAGCGUUUGAUCAGCGACCCAGCUGGAGAGCUGGGCCGUGUGCAAGACUUUCUCGGGCUCAAGAGGAUCAUCACAGACAAACAUUUUUAUUUCAACCAGACCAAGGGAUUCCCGUGCCUGAAGAAAGCAGAAGGCAGCAGCAAGCCCCACUGCCUUGGAAAAACCAAAGGGCGAACCCAUCCAAACAUUAACCCUGAGGUGGUGCAGAGACUACGAGACUUCUACAGACCCUUCAACAUGAAGUUCUACCAGAUGACAGGAAGAUUUUUUGGUUGGGAUGACUGAAUGUUUAGUUUAGUUUGUUUAGGAUCACAACUGACAGAAAAUCAAUAUAAGAUUUUGAGA